AUGAAGAAUCCGGAGAACGCUCGUGUACUGAAGAAGUUCGCGCUGUUCGCUGUUUUGGUGGCAGCCCUUCCGAUAUCUACGGUGCUCUUCCUGCCUGGAUUCGUUGUUGGCAUUCUGCAAAUACUGCAACCGGAGUCCAGCAAAGAUUGGCUGGAAGACACUGCGAAGCUGUGCGGAGCCAUCGUCUCUGUUGUGCUGGUGAAUGUGGUCAUGCUGCUUUAUGCAGCGCUGGCCUAUCAGGAAGAGAAAGCUGACUGGGAGACUGUCACGAGAGCUCAGGCGAGCCGCCCCGGUCCAGAGCAGAAAAGCAGUGCCGCUUCGGGCACGAAGAAAAGCAACUAA